CACAACCAGCCAACGUAGCCUGGCUACAUGCUUCGGCGUUAAUUUAUCGCACCUCAGCACAAUUUUAGACUCAACAACAGUGCAAAAAACCGGAGAACCACAUUACGGUCACACACAUUUACCGUGGCCUCCUCUUGCACUCAGCUGGCAGGAUACAUUGCCUUGGCUAGCGUCAGGCUAGCCCGCUAGCUAGCUAGCUAGCUACUCACAUCGCUAGCGGUAGUUAGCUAGCUAGCAAGCUGUAGUAACUUGCGUCAUGGAUGAACUAGUCGUGGAAGUGCGGGGGACAAGUGGGGCCUUUUAUAAGGCCUUUGUGAAGGAUGUCCAUGAAGGAUCAGUCACUGUGGCAUUUGAAAACAAUUGGCAGCCGGAGCGUCAGAUCCCAUUCCAGGAUGUGCGAUUUCCUCCUCCAACAGGGGUCUGCAAGGAGAUUAAUGAGAGCGAUGACGUCGAGGUAUAUUCCAGGGCCAAUGACAAGGAGCCAUGUGGAUGGUGGCUGGCCAAGGUUCGCAUGGUCAAAGGAGAGUUUUAUGUAAUAGAAUACGCUGCCUGUGACGCUACGCUAAAUGAGAUCGUGACGCUGGAGCGGCUACGGCCGGUCAACCCGAAUAAACCAGCCACCAAAAGCACCUUCAUCAAGAUCAGACUGGACGUACCCGAGGAUCUACGGCAGAUGUGCUCCAAGGAAUCAGCACACAAAGACUUCAAAAAGGCCGUGGGAGCGUUCAGCGUCGUCUACGACUCAGAGAAAAAGCAGCUGGUCAUUUUGUCGGUGAAUGAGGUGACUACAAAGCGGGCCAACAUGAUGAGCGACAUGCACUUCAGGAGCCUCCGCACCAAACUCUCUCUCAUGCUGAGGAACGAAGAGGCCAGCAGACAGCUGGAGAGCUCCAGACAGCUUGCAUCACGCUUCCAUGAACAGUUUGCGGUUCGGGAUGAUUUAAUGGGUCUGGCCAUCGGGACGCAUGGGGCCAACAUUCAGCAAGCGCGCAAAGUUCCCGGGGUCACUAACAUAGAUCUGGAUGAAGAGACGUGCACCUUCCACAUAUACGGAGAGGACCAGGAUGCUGUCCGUAUAGCCAGGAGUUUCCUGGAGUUCUCCGAAGAUGUCAUCAAAGUUCCCCGGAACUUAGUAGGGAAGGUGAUUGGUAAGAACGGCAAACUGAUCCAGGAGGUGGUGGAUAAGUCUGGCGUGGUGCGGGUUCGGAUCGAGCCAGAGAAUGACAAAAAGCCCUCAGCGGCAGCAGCAGCAGCGGCAGAUGAGGGAAUGGUGCCAUUUGUAUUUGUGGGGACCAAGGAAAGCAUCUCCAAUGCUACAGUACUGCUGGACUACCACCUCAACUACCUAAAGGAGGUGGAUCAGCUUCGUCUGGAGCGCCUUCAGAUCGACGAGCAGCUGAGACAGAUAGGAGGGGGAGGCGGCGGAGGGGGGACGGGCCCUCGAAAUCCCAAAGACAAGACCUACGUGUUCGAUAACGGCACGGGACUGGGCAUGGGGAGAGGAGGCGGAGGAGGGAAGCCCUACGCAGGAGGAGGAAGAGGCGGCAGAGGGCGGAGAGGAGGCAGUGCAGCUUUUGCUUCGGGCACCAACUCUGAGGCGUCCAACGCGUCCGAGACAGAGUCAGACCACAAAGACGAGCUCAGCGAUUGGUCGCUGGCCCCCACCGAGGAGCUGAUGACAGGAGGCGGGACCCUGCCCAGACGGACAGAUGGGAGGAAGAGAGCAGGCGGUGGAGGAGGACUACGAGGACGAGGGGGGAGAGGAAGAGGAGGAGGAGGAUAUAAAGGUGACGACUUGCAGUGGAACGAGCCGAGACCUCGUCAUAUCAGAGACCCCAAGACGAGAGGGCAGGAAGACACACUACAGAUACGCGUGGACGGGAACAAUGAGCGUAGCGUGCAGCACUCCUCAGUGCGAGGAGGAGGAGGAGGACCUUCUUCAUCCCAGGGUGGCAUCAGUGCCGGCGGCGAAGGCCCGUCCCGCCACCAUCACCGACCCAUCAGAGAACGAGGGAUGAAGAAGGACAAACAGGACGCUCCUCCACUGGUGAAUGGAGUGUCGUAGAUACACCACUGGAGGACCUUCUCACUUAGACACACACACACAUGCAUACAUACACACAAAUACAUACACACACACACAGGCAACUUGUCAUAAAACAUUGUAGAUUUCUUCUGGCUUUUUCUUUCUCUGUCUUUUGUCAGACACAUACUCAAAUACACAAUACUCAUAUUUCCAUCAGCAUGGGAGAGUUUACCGUAGUGAAGUAGACCAGAGGUGAUCUGGUAUCUGCUGGUCUGCUCUGCUGAGGUAUGCUCUGGUUUCAUUGUGCUGGUCUGGUCUGGCAUCUCCUGGUCCUGUCUGGAGUAAAAGAAACCACACAUUUUUUUCCUCUUUUUUUGGACAAAUGGACAGGAAGAGGAGGGGUUUGACUAAAGCUGAUCUCUCACAGAGGCAUUAACCCCUAAACAUAAAAAUAUUAGCUUUUUCAACUCAAUUGGAACAUGUUCCUUUUUUUGUUCCACCACCUGUGUGGGCAUGCUGACAUGAGUAAAAAAAGAAACAAGUCAAAUAAGUCAAGGAGAGAACAGAACAGAAGAAACAUUGAAUUUCAGAAGGCAGGAAAACACAUGUUCCUUCUCUGUUCACCCUUCGCUCCACAACAUAACCUAAUUCUUACUGAAAAUGGGCAAACGUGGAGAAGAUCUGGCAGCAAACAGUUUGACUAGCGUCAGUGUUUUGCAUAGGUGGAGAAUUUGUUGUGGUGGUCAAAAUCCAGCUCAUGAGACAGCAUUUUCACAAGUUAACAACAGGGUAGACGAGUCCUUUUUUGCGUCUUUCAUCUGCGUUUUUAAGAUGUAUGAAGUUAAGAAUAAAAAAAAAACACCCAAGUCACUUCUACAUAUGAGAAAAACUUUGGGAAUUCAGACUGGAAGUUUGUAGAGGUCAUUAAUGAUUUAUUUCUUUCAUUUAAUUUGAGCCCUCAUCAACCUGCCUUUGAUGUCAGUAAAAUGGAGCAGAGUAUGAAAUAUGAACAAGUAUGCAUAGGUGGUUUUUUUUUGUUUGUUUUUUUUUCUCCAGCAGUGUACACGAGCCUACACACACUUAUCUCAUUGAAGUCAUCUGUUUUUUCUUUCCUGUUGCCUAUAAUGUAAAAUUCCUUCAGUCUUUUUGACUGUCAAGACCACACAUGAGUUCAACAAUAUAAAAGAGAAACAUAAAUCCAAGGCACUCUGAUGCAACCAAACACUUUUACUAUUAUAAGAUUGAACAAAAUAUAGUCUUUAUCAGGGUACAAAAUGUCAUGAACUGCUGUACAAACCUUGACACUUAGGGAAAUCACAUAAAAAGUCUAAAGCUACAGGAGCCGCAAUAAAUCAUAACACCUUUUAAAAAUGUGGCAAUGGUCAAAGGUUUAUAAAUACAAGGGCCAGAAAUGCAGGUAAAGCCUAUAAAGUCACAAUGACUCAAGACCAAAGUGUCUACAAUACAGCCAUGUAUCUAAUCUGUCACACACAUUCUGCACUUUAACGGUAAGGCAACAUGUGUGCAGUGGUGGUUCUACCAGUCUCUCAGUACUCCUUGAUCUCAUUGGUUCAUUGGUAAAGACCUGUCAACAGAUAUAAACAUCUUCUACCAGACCAAUGGGAGACUGUAAAGCUAGACUUUUUCUUUUUCCAAGUUCCAAUUAGUUACAUUUACCAAACCGGUCUCUGAUGGAUGCCAGUUAAAUUCAUACGGAAACUUUAGCUCCCAGUCAAACCUGAUCAAGGGCCAGUUUACGACGGCUGACACGACUGAUUACUGUCACCGCAGCUCAGCAACUCAAACGCGUGAACCAGCCGUCACCUAAUGAGUCACAUGAGGUUUUUUCUUUUAAUUUCUGAAAAAAAGGAGUGAAUGAAUAAAAAAAGAAAAAGUUUGUACUUUUUGUCUGCACUUAGAAAAUCUGUUAAGUAUAUUUUGUUUGAAGUGUUAUUGUAGAGGUUACUAAUCAUUAAGUUAUACUUCGAUACAAUAAAAUAUUGGUGUAAAUUCUUCUUGGAUUUCCAGCUUAUUCCUGGCAUGCCCCUUUCACUUCAUUUUUUAAAAUCUUUUUUAAUUUAGUAAAUUUAGUUGGUUUCAUUUUAGAAAUAGUACAGUGGAUGAGGGAGUCUAGCCUGUAACACUCAAUACAUUUUUCUUUCAGUUCCAACAAUUUCAGUCCUCUUAGCUGAUUGAUGGCAUACUCCUGCAUCAUUACUGAACAUCAUUGGCUGCAGUACAACCUCCCUGGCUUUCUAUCAUUACCUUAUAUGUUGAUAACACUGUAUCAGGUCCUGUUCUGUGACCAUGAAGGGUGUAAUUAAUUUUUUCGUAGGGCGUUUAUCACUUUAAUAAGUCACAGUAAAGUUUAGUGAAACUGCUCGAAACCAGUAUAUAAAAUCAGGUUUAAUGGAGCAAGAUUUUCAUCAAGAAGUUUUUGUGAAAUCUGCUGGGUUCACCACAGUCCUUAAAGAGGCUUUUUAACAGGUCGCAUUUAUCUUUGUGCCUUGGAUUUAUGCUUCUCCAUUACUUUAAAUUAGGCCCAUUCUUUAGAGCACCUGACUGCUGUCAGUAUUGUUUAUUUAAACCUUUUAAGCCCCAUGCGUCAUUCUUUUCUGUUGCUUUACCUAUGUGUUUGAGAUGUGUGUUUAUGUCUAGUUACAAAAUGUUGUUUCAAAUCUGGUUUCUCAAGACAACAUGUCACUUUUCCAUUUCCAUGUCCUUUUUCUAGAUCCAACCCUGUAGUUAAAGACCCCAAAUUCAAUCUGUCCUUUUACGAUAACUUAAUGUCACUCCUCACACUUGCAUCAUAGCUGGUCAUCCUGUGAGCCUGUGAGCAUUUGGCUUCAUCCUUUCGGGUUGGCAAAAUGGUGACUACACUUAUUCAGGACCAGUCUUCUGGCCUCGCUCUAAACUUGUCUGCCUCUAAAGCUCUGUGUCACACUGGUAAAGACUUAAACAAAAAGAGGACUAGACAAUCAUGACAUCAAGUAACUGAAAAAGACUAUUUUUUUCUGAGCAGGGCAGGUUGUCAGAUAUCAGGGGAACAAACAGCAUAAAUUGACCCCAAGCUCCCAUUUUGUGCCACUUCUGUGUUCCCUACUGCUCAUCUGACACCUCAGUGAGUUACUGACUUCAUACAUAGCCUGCACGGAGAGAUCACAAGCAUCAUCAUCAUCAAAAUAAAUAACGUACAAGAUCAUUCGUUAGAGGUCACGUACAUUUCAGCUGUUCCAAAUUGUUCUAAAUUUAAACAGACUACAGUACAUUAGAUAGGCUAGUGUAGAGAGUAUUUGUGGAUUUAUGAUUGAAAAGGAGAUUAUUAGCUUUUAUUUGAAUAAUACAAAAUAAAAACUUCAAAUGUAAGUAAAAUACUGUCAAAUAAAAAAGCGAAGCAAAAACAAUGUUUUUCAGGGUUUCUCUGAGCAUUUGUAGUCAUUCUUGAAAUAUAUUGUAAUAUAUCAGAAUACAAUAACAAAAUACCCAUCAGUACAUCAGGAUUAGCAGACUAGCUGAUAGCUUCAAUUAUAGUUUUGCUAUGUGCAUAAAGUAAGAAACCCAAAAUUACAAAUAAGUAUAUUUCCCAAAACGUUUUUUGGCGUACCUUUUUGUGGGAAUCUUAAAAUAGUUUUAGGAAAUACGCUUAUUUGUUUAUUAUUAUUGUUAUAAAUUAGAAGCAGCGUCAAACAGCUAGCAUGGCAUCGCGACAAGUAAGAAUAGUUCUAGCCUAGACUUCCUUCUCAAAAUAACCUGACAGAAUUAACAAAAAAUAUAUAACAUGCUUCAGAGGGUUUUAGGACAAGAGUUUGAUGAGUAAAUUGAUUCCAUUCUUAUGUCUCUAUGGUUAAUGUGAAGGCAGCAAAAGGUUAGCUUAGUAUAAAGCUAACCGUCUGUCCCUGUCCAAAGCUAACGGAAUCCACA